CGCACAUUCAUUCCCACACACACGCACACACACGAAAACCUGCUGGUCAGCAUGGUGAACGAAGCAAGACACAGAAAGCACGAUGCCAGUGGCAGUGCUGCACCGCCAGCCGCAGGGGCCGCUGCUGCCGCGAAGCGAGGCAGCCGGAGUGGCGGGGCACGCAAAGGAGGCCGUGGGCGUGGAAAGAUCGCAACCGAUAGUGGCGUGUGGUUCACGCUGUUCAUUGCUUGCGUGGCGGUGCUGAGCCUGGGCAUUGCCACGUGGAUUGGGCUGCAGUUCUACCACGGGACGAGCCCCUUUCCAAGCGUGGUCACACCACAUCCAGCAGCCCAAGUCAAGAACCUGUCUCAGUUUGAGGAACGGCGCGAUGCCAUGUUGUGGGGGUCCUAUCGUCCCCACACGUACCUUGGGUUUCGCGCACGUGUGCCCCAGUCCGUGGUUGCGGGUCUGUCCUGGGCUGGGCUGCGCGGCCCACUGCGCCACAUCUGCGACCAUGGCGAUGGGCUGCGGUACACAUGGACAAAACACGACGGCCAAACCUUUGGGAUGCAGCAGAUCGAGGACGGCCAGGUGGUGCUGAAGACGUCGUUUGUGAAGAACGUGUUCGCAGGCGACCUCGGCGACUACGGCGGCGACUGGGCCACCCGCAUCACCGUGAGCUGGAAGGACGGGACCCCGGCCAGCACCCGCACAAACCACAUCCCCAUCUUCUUCUACUUCUACAACGAGGGCCCGGAACGGUUUGAGUUUGAGGAGGACGGCCGCGUGCUCACAGGCACCAACGCCAACCUGGGCAACUUCCGCGCCCGCUUCUUCACCAACGUCACCGAGGACGACACAUACACAUACACGGGCCUCCCUGUGGACGGCAUCGAGAAGCUCACCCAGAACUUGACCACCGUGCUCCUCUCCCCAGAGUUCAAGUGGAACCGCGUGUUUGAUAACGCACAGGCCUACCUGGUGCAGGUUCGCGCGCAGCCGCCCUUUGAGCUCACGGUGGUGUACGAGUCGCUGUCUCCCGGCGACGGCGCGUAUGACCUGACGCACCGCCACGGCACCCUGCACGGCAGCGGAUACGACACGUUGCUCGCUGAGCGGGAGGUGGCGUUUGACGCCAAGUUUGACCGCCUGUUUGCCCUGAAGCAGAAGGGGUUUUCCGAGGAGCAGAUUAGCUUUGCCAAGGCUGCCCUCAGCAACAUGCUGGGCAGCGUCGGGUACUGGUACGGCGCAUCCAUCGUGCGCGACGUGGAGGAGGAUAAGCGCCGUGCUGAGGAGGCGGCGGCGAAGCAGCGGCAGUCAGGGAAGCCCGCACGACCCUUGCAGCCGGCGCUGUACAAGUACUUUGACGCCCCGCUCUACAGCGGCGUGCCCUCCCGCUCCUUCUUCCCGCGCGGGUUCAUGUGGGACGAGGGCUUCCACCAGCUGCUCAUUAACCGGUGGGACCCGGGCAUCACCCGCGACGUGCUGGCCCACUGGCUCGAUCUCAUGAACGUCUACGGCUGGAUCCCACGCGAGCAGAUCCUGGGCCGUGAGGCCCGCUCAAAGGUGCCGGACGAGUUUGUGGUGCAGCCCUCGGACAACGCCAACCCGCCAACGUGGUUUCUGGUCAUGGAGGACAUACUGGACCGCAUCGAUGAGGCCCACGACGACACCGACGCAAGCGUUGCGCGCGACCUUGAGUUCAUCCGCGGCGCCUACCCGCGGUUUGCCGCGUGGUUCAAGUGGUUCGACACCCAGCGCGGCGCCCUGCCAGGCACGUACCGCUGGCGCGGGCGACAGCGCAAACCAGGCAUGAUGAACCCGCUCACCCUCACCUCUGGCCUCGACGACUACCCAAGGGCGUCGCAUCCCGAUGAGAACGAGCGGCAUCUUGAUCUGCGCUGCUGGAUGGCCGAGGCCGCAGCCGUCCUCGCCCGCAUCGCACAGCGCAUUGGCGAGCCAGCCCACGACUUUGAGGCCCUCGCACAACAGCUCCGCGACAAUGCCCAGCUGAAUUCACUUCAUUGGUCCAACCGAACGAAGGCCUAUCACGACUACGGCCGCCACCGCAUCGAGGCACACAACACGGAGCACGAUCCGCCGUAUUGGCGCGGGGCGAUCUGGAUCAACCUCAACUUCUUGACCACGCGCGCGCUCCGAUUUUACGGCCAGACGGCAGGACCCCACCGCGAACGCGCCCAGGAGCUGUACACAAAGCUGCGCGGUAACCUGAUCAACAACAUCUUCCAGCAGUACCAACGCACAGGAUUCAUCUGGGAGCAGUAUGAUGACCGCACGGGAUCCGGCAAGGGCACACACCCGUUUACCGGCUGGUCUGCGCUCGUCGUCCUUCUCAUGGGCGAGCUGUACUGAUUGGCAUUGUCAAGUGCAAUGAUGACAAACACAUCCAUGUGCUCGUGCUGACUCUGGCGGGGCUUUUUUACUCAUGGGUUUGCGUGUUAACCCGAUAAACAAGACCUCUGGUAACACCAUCAAUGACACCCAACGAAUGCAUGUAUCAACGACAACCAAUGCACUCGUUCCACUCACA